AAGUAACGGAGGUCCCGAAAGUAAUUGAAGCGAACCCGAAAGUAUCUAAAGACCUGAAAUUAGCUGAAGAGGACGCAAAAGUAGUUAAAAAUCAUCAAGAAGCGAAUUCUUUGAAAUCACGAAUCUCUAAGCCAAAAUCCCGUGACAAAAAUGCAUCGGUAAUGGCCCCUUUCAAACCACCCAUCAACCCUAAUUCUCCACUUUUCAAUUCAUAUCGCAAGAAUAAAAGAAGUCUCUCUGACAUCAGUAAUAACAUUAUUAUUAAACUUCCCGCAAAAAAGGAAAAGGUAGCAACACUUGUUAAAAAACUUCGUGAGGAAAUCAAAAUACUUGUGAAUGAGCUUAAUGAAAAAAAUAAUAAGAUAAAAGAAUUAGAGGAAAAAUAUAUAAAUUUAAAUACGAAAUAUCAUGCGCUUAAAAAGGAUCACGAUACUGGUGAUGGUUAUUAUACGGAAAGUCGACGUUUGCUUGAAAGUGAAAAUGCUGUAUUAAUGCGCCGCAAUUUAGAAUUUUUUGAGGAGAUCGAAGCAACUAAAAUAAGAAAUAGCGAGCUAGAAAAUAAUCUACAUUUAUUACAGCAACAGAAUGUAGAAUUAUCUAAAGAAAUCGCGACACUUUCUGAA